CUUUCCGGCGUAUUCUAGAUCGAACACACUUUGGGUUCUAUCUUGCGCAGUGUGUGCGCGCUACGUCUCUCACACUCGAGAUCCCGAAAAAGUUGAGAAAUUACGAAUUUACUAAAACAGGUUACAUUUUCGCAGUUUAAUUUCCGGUAGAUUUAUUGCCAAAUUUGCUAAAAUUCGCUUUCAGUGAUCAUUCUACGUAGAUAGAUAUACUGGUAGAUACGUAUGCAUUUCGAGAAAGAGGGAGAGGGAGUUGAUCGGAGCAAGUUCGAUGUUUUGAUGCAAUGAACUGUUGAAGCUAUGAAUCGGUGCUUUGUAUCGGUCUCCUCUGCUCUGUUGCUUGAAUUCAUUAUGUUUGAUGUCGUGUUGACUCGGUAUUGACUCAGUUCCUGUGAAUUUCGCUCCUAUUUUUGCUGAUUAGUUUGUGGAAAUUAUGUGACUCGCUUGAUUUUCUCUCUAUAUAUAUUGCUGCCGUCUUUUUGUUACAAUAACAAUGGCGUCGAUCCGGAGAACUCUGUCGCCGUAUCACGAACGGCAUUAUCAGAACGGAGGACAUCCGUUUUCCGUUUCCGUUCAAUCGCAGUCUCAGAAGCUCAUGUCCAACGGAAAAUUCUCGUCUCCGUUACCUUCCUUUGGAUUCGGUGUCUGGAGGUUGCUCGGCGGAAUGAGAUAUUCUCGGAGAAAUGUUUUGUCUAGGUGUUUGAUUCUAUUCUUUCUAGGGUUUGUACUAGGUUUGACACUGUUUGGUGAUUUCGAGGAUUUGAACAGCAUUAACUUCCCCGGGAAAAUGAAGCUUCCAUUGGUGAAUGAUAGACUGGAGCUGAAGGAUGCUGUCAUACCUAGACCUAGUGCUCUCCUCGAUAGAGUUCAAUUACAAAUAGAGGAGAAGAAGGAAAUGAAUGAACAACUAGAUUUAAAUCCUCAGAAACAGUUGAUUGUUGUAACUCCAACAUAUAACAGGGCGUUACAAGCUUAUUAUUUGAAUAGAUUGGGGCAGGUUUUGAAGCUCGUGGAGCCGCCAUUGUUGUGGAUUGUGGUUGAGAUGAAUGCAGCUUCAUUGGAGACUGCAGAUAUUUUGAGGAAGAUGGGAAUUAUGUAUAGGCAUCUGGUGUGUUCCAAGAAUAUGACCGAUAUAAAGGACCGUGGUGUGCAUCAGAGGAACUCUGCACUGGAGCACAUCGAACGUCAUAGGCUUGAUGGGAUUGUUUACUUUGCAGAUGACGACAAUAUAUAUUCACUCGAACUGUUUGAGAGUAUGAGAAAAAUCAGCCGUUUUGGCACUUGGCCUGUUGCUAUGUUGGAGCAAAGCAAAAACAAAGCGAUAUUGGAAGGUCCUGUGUGCAACGGAAGUCAAGUAAUUGGAUGGCACACAAAUGAGAAGAGUAAACGACUAAGAAGGUUUCAUGUCGAUAUGUCUGGCUUUGCCUUUAACAGCACUAUUUUGUGGGAUCCAAAACUGUGGCGCAGACCCACUGCUGCUCCAAUCCGGCAAUUGGACACCGUGAAAGAAGGCUUUCAGGAGACGACCUUUAUAGAACAGCUUGUCGAAGAUGAAAGCCAAAUGGAAGGAAUACCUCCCGGGUGUUCAAGGGUGUUAAAUUGGCACCUCCAUUUGGAAGCUCGCAAACUCGUUUACCCGAAAGGCUGGUCGAUCCAGGAGAACCUCGAUACUGUUAUAGCAACGACGACUUGAUGGGGAAGACCAAGUUUGUUGUUGAUUCAUGAGGUUUGCCAUCUGUUUCUAACCUCAAUCUUCCCCAACUCAUACACAUAUACUGGAAAUAGACAAAUAGUAACAUACUAGAAUUGAUGCUUGAAAAUCCUUUAAUUGAGAACCCAAUUUUUUCAUUUUAUUCUUCUUCUUUUUUUUAAUAUCAAACUGGGCUGUGUUAUUAGCUCAAUUCAGAUAGGAGUUAUUCUGAGAACAUUGAUUGAUUUGCGUCAUUUUUCUCAAGUUGAAUUUUUAUAUUUAUUAUAACAUAAUAUAUGGUGGUUUUGGGAUAUAAAUUAUCGGGGUUU